AUUGCACACUUCUCUGCGUGGCUCAUAAUUUGUAGCCAGUCUUUUCCGGACGUUCAUAUCCUUUUUUAAUAUUCUAAAGAUCCGCGUUCGAAUUUAAUUCAUUCUAGCAAAACGUCAACUCCACAUUUUUCAAUAUUUUUUUGUCACACGUGGAGAUAAGAGAUUUUUUUAUAAAAGUAUAUAAACUGACAAAUAACGAGUUUGAGGUGACAGGGUGAAACAUGAAGCUCGGGAUAACUAAGUCUAAGUUUCAUUUCAUGAUGCUGCACCUCCUAUUCAGCAUUUUUUUGGUAAAUGCAGAACCAUUGGUGGAAAUUGCCCAAGGUAUAUUGAAUGGCACAACUGGGAUAUCCAGAGACGGGAAUAUUUUUUCGGCAUUCCUUGGAAUACCUUAUGGACUACCACCAUUCGAAGAACUGAGAUUCGCUAGUCCUGUAGCAGCAGGUAAGUGGACGGGUAUUCGACAAGCAGAUUUUUUUAGAAGCAUAUGUAUUCAAAUCGAUGAAAAUAAUAAGAUAGCAGGAGCUGAAGAUUGUCUGUACUUAAAUGUUUAUACGCCACGCCUUGAAUUCAAAUCAUCGUCGAAGCAUACUUUGUUACCAGUUAUGGUAUGGAUCCAUGGGGGUGGUUACAUUUGGGGUAGCAGUAAUCAAUAUGGUCCUAAAUACCUUUUAGACAAGGACGUGAUUUUAGUUACACUAAAUUUUCGAUUGGCAAUCUUUGGAUUCCUUAGCACCGGCGAUUCUGUCUGUCCCGGAAAUUUCGGAAUGAAGGACCAGGUUCUCGCAUUAAAGUGGGUCAAGAGUAAUAUAAUAUCUUUUGGAGGUGAUCCAAAUCAGGUGACUUUAUUUGGAGAAAGCGCUGGAGGUGCUUGUGUGGCUCUUCAUGCAAUUUCAAAAGCAAGUACUGGUCUAUUUCAAAAGUAUAUUAUCCAAAGUGGUCCAAACUUAUUCCCUUGGGCAUACCAAAAAAGGAGCAACUUUAUUGAGUAUGCAAGGGAUAUAGCUACAUUAGUUCAAUGUCCAUGGAUUACUUCUGAAGGAUUCUUAAAUUGCAUGCGACAAAUAAGUCCAGAAAUUUUAUUAAAAACGAUGUCUAUAUUCAGCACAGUUUUACGACCUUUAACAUACAAUUGGACACCUACGGACGAGCCUGACUCUGAAGAUGCAUACUUAACAGACAGUCCAAGAAAUUUGAUAGAAAAUAAUCAAAUGAAGGAUUUGCCUUUUAUGAGUGGUGUCGUAGCUGAUGAAGCGCUUGUAAUUGCAUUGGGUCAAAAUUCCAUUGAUGAAAGUUUCGAACUUUAUAGAGCUAACCUAGAUUCUAUUAUCGAUUUUAUCGGUUCUUACUACGAUCAAUCUUUAAACUUACAAACAUUUAAAUCAGAUGUGAUGCGUUUCUAUUUUAAUAAUUCCCCCUUUUCAGUUAACAAAACUGCGUUUACGGAAAGUAUCUUAAAAUUUACCAAUGAUGCUUUUUUCUUUUAUCCUCAACUGAAAAUGCUGCAAAUAGUAACACGAAAAAUUAAGAGUCCGAGUUAUUUUUAUAAUUUUGGAUAUCGGGGCCGUCUCAGUAUUUAUUCUAAUCUGGAAAAUAAUACCCUCAAAUGUGGUCACAUGGAUGAACUUAUAUACCUUUUUGAUUUAUCACUGUUUUCCACCACAAUGUCAGAUUUAAAUUUGACUAAUACAGAAAUAGCAGUGAGUAGAAGAAUGGUAGAUAUGUGGACAUCGUUUGCUACAGAUGGGAAACCAACAUCUAGCGUAUCAAGUGAUAUCUGGUUGCCAUACACUACACAAAACAAAGGAUAUUUUCAAAUUGGUAAUAUUGAAAAUGAUAAAGAUCCUACUAUGAGAAUGUCUUAUGAAUUCUACACGGACCGUAUGAACUUUUGGAUGAAAAAUGCUCCUAUUAGAGUUACCUGAAUAUCUCCAGUUAAAAAUUCUCUCUUCGGUAAAAGAUUUUGCGUGUGAUUAUUUAAACAUCUAGAAUGAAAAUCUAGGUUUAUAAUUGAUUAAUGUUUGUAACUAGGUGAGAUAAAAAAAUCCAGUUCAUAAAUAAAAAGAACCAAUAGAAAAUUUAACAAACAAUAUGUUAAACAUAAUUAACGUCCGUAAAAAAUGUAAACUAUGAUAUAUAACUUUAAUAACGUAUAUCGAAGUCAUGUAGUUACCGAAAUAAAUAAAUAAAUGGAAUAUUUGUAGCUCAAUAAAAAAAAUGCAGCGAA